AUGGAUCAAACAUAUUUGGACCAACAACAAUUGGAUCCAAAUGUGAGUAACCAACAAUUAUCCCAAGAAGCUAGUCUGGUGCCCCAGCAACAACAGCAGCAGCAGCCAUUACAACAAUUGCAACAGUAUCAGCAGCAAUCAUUAAACAAUGUAAGCUAUUCUGGUGACAACAGAUUUCAACAAUAUCAACCACGAGUAACUCCUUCUGUAUCAUCUUCACAACAAUCAAUGGCUUCUGCAGCUACCCCUGGAUUUUCAGCUAUGCAUGCAGGAAACUACACCCCUAAUCAGCAAUAUGGAGUACCCAAUCAAUACACCGUGGUUCAACAACAACCACCACGACAACAAUCAUAUGAAGAGCAUAUUAAUCCUUUCAAUUAUAACAGUGCGGAUAGAACGUUGAUUGCCCCUAUUCCACCAUUACAUAUUCAACAUCAAUUGGCAACAAGACAAAAUCAACCACAAAACCGCCAAGAAUCAUCAUCGAUAGCAAGCAUGCAUACACACGAGAACACCUCAACAAUCAAUGAUUCACCAAACACGAUGAUGAUAAAGCAAGAGCACCACACCUUUCAACCACAACAUAAUGAAGGUGCUGGUGUCUAUCAUCCAAUUGAUCAACAGCAACAGCAACAGCAACAGCAACAGCAACCACAGCAACCACAGCAUCGUUUUCCAUUGACUUCCUCCAAUUGUACUAGGUGUAAAAAACCAUUUGAACAACCAGGAGGCAUUCCAAAAUCAAGCAAUUCUACCAGUGAUGGACAAAAUUUAUCAGCAUCAAAUUCUCAGCCUCCGGCAAAAACUUACAAAUUAUGUGAACACUGUCGAGCAUUACAACGUCAGCGAUCAAGAAGAUGGCAGAAAAAAACUAAGGAUAGACCAGGAAUAUGUCGUCGAUGUGCCUCGGAGAUACCAUUGGCUGAAAGACGAUUUGUUUUGUGUCCCAAUUGUCGGGAAAAUUUACGUAUGCGAAAAGCUAACCGGGCGGCCCAAGGAAAAUGUGUUCAUUGUUCGGGGCCAUUGGAUGCCACCGUUUCAGGCAAAGAUGGAGAAGAUAGUAGUAAUGGUGAUGAACACGGUAAUAAGUCAAAUGAAGUUCAAAAUAGUGAACUGGGAAGAGGAAACGAAAAUCAAAAAGUGGUUCGAGGUACAAGCUUCAAAGUGUGUCGAAGGUGUCGAGAAAAUGAUAAAAUCCGAAGAGCAAAUUUGGAGAAAAUGGGUAACUGCAAUCGAUGUGCUAAGGCAUUAGAUCCCAAUGAAUAUGGCCGAAAUAAAGUUUGCCUCAAUUGUAGAACAAAAAAGAAAAGAUCAUCUACAGGUAGUAUGACAAAUACUGAUGAAGUAAGAACUUCACCAAUUCAAAAUCAUUUUGGAAUGAACAUGUCUCAUCAAUACAUCCAACCACCACCACCACCUCCUCCGCCGCCACCACAUUUAAUGGCUAGUCAUCAUCAAUUUCAACCUCAACCACAUAUGAUGAGUCACGAACAAAUGAAUACAUUCACCGGAAUGACAAGCUCAGGUAUAUCUGGUAUUCAGCAAGCUAACAAUGGUAUGAUAGGAGGUGAUCAACUGCAACAACACCAACAACAACACAAUGGUUCGCUACAAAUACAGCAAACUUACUAUCAAUCACAUAUCCAAAUGCCACCUCCAUUACCACUCCAACAGCAGCAACAACAACUACAACAAUAUUACUCUACAGAUGCAAAUUCACAACCACCACAUUCUGCACUUCCAGGCUCAUUACCGCCUCCGCCACCUCCACAAUUGCAGCUGAAUCAACAGUAUGGUCAUUUUCAACAACAACAGCAACAGCAACAACAACAACAACAACAACAAUACCAUCAGGAAUAUCCGAACAACCAAUAG